CGCGCGCGCCUCCAAUGCCACGGCCGGAUCGUGCACUGUUAUGGAGGGGCGUCCGCAUUCCUAGGUCGCGUAUAAGGCACCCUGCGGCACCCAGCUGGGAGUCACUCGUCGCUGAUCCUCCGGUGCAGCUUGAGCAGCAGCAUCUCUCGGGACCAUGGGAGCGAAUUACCAGCGGCAGUGCCUGCUCCUGCUACUGUCCUGUGCUGCGUGCUCCGCGACUUUCUUUGGAGGCGGUGGCAAAGGUGGUGGAGGACGUGGUGGAGGAGGUGGUGGAACUGCCACUUUUUACAUCAAUGGUCCAGGACCCGCUAUGGGCGGCAUGACGGGAAUGGGGGGAAUGGGAGGAAUGGGAGGAAUGGGGGGAAUGGGGGGAAUGUUCGACGUCAUUGACGUGGUUGAGACAAUCGGCACCACGGACGUCGACGGCAAUGUGCUCGUCCAAGGCGGCGAGGACUUCGGAGUAGUGAACGUGGGCGGCGGCGAGGAGGGCAGAGUGGUGAACGUGGAACCCGGGUCGCCGCCGAAGGUCGCCAAGGUAGAGCCUCCCCCAGCGGCCGCGCCACCACCACUUUUGGUCGAAGAGCCUCCGCCGCCACCGAGCUACGGGUCUCCGCGAAGGCCGCCUUCUCGGCCAACCGUUGCCGCGCCACCACCUCCCCCGGUCGAAGAGCCUCCGCCGCCGCCGAGCUACGGGUCUCCGCGAAGGCCGCCUUCUCCACCAACCGGAGGAUACGGAGGCGGCCCCGCAGCGGCCGCUUUCGACGACGAUGGCGGCGACUACGCCGAACCAGCGGCGGAAACUCCGGACAUCGGCGACGACUUCGACUCUCCAGGAGACAUCUACGGCAGGUCGCCUGUCGUCAUCCGAACGGACGACGCCGAGUACGAAGAGACGCCCCCUGGCUCGAGAGCCGUAGGGUACGCGCGCCUGGUGUCGGCGGGAAGAAAAAACACCCGAGGAUACCGCCCGCAGCCCAAAGCCAAGUCUUCCGCUCGCGCUGCCGCUCGCUACACCAGUGCCCGUGUCACCAAGAAGCCACGGUUCACCAUCAAGCGCUUCCCUAUCGAGAAGUUGAGUGCCGCGUUGCAGGCCGAGGAUCCGCUGGAACUGAUCAGGACUCUGGAAGGCAAGCAGCAGCAGCGGCCGCAGCAAGAACAACGCAGUCAGCGGCUGAGAGGAGUUUACGCGAGCCGCGACCCGUCCAAGUCAAAGUGGAAGACGGUAGGCGUGUUCCCGGCGUCGAAGCCGCGGCAGAGUUCCAGAGGAGUGGCCACCAACUCGGGUAAGUGGCCCGCAAACGUGGAGCACCGAGGCCGGAACUACCGUGGCAUGAAGCCCGUGGUUCUACACUUGUCUAUGAAGGGCAAGCAGUCUGGAGGUACUACGAAGCGCCCCAAGUGGAUAAGGUCUAUCAUGUUGAUCCCGUCCUCUGUCGACAUGAAGGGCGACCGAGCCACGGAAAGCAGGAGACGGCACAGACUCUACGUAGAGGAGUGAAAUUGUGCGCGUCGGUCAUUCGCUGAAGUACGACGCCUGUUGUGAUCGCCGUGUGCUGACUUUGAGGUAACCGAGACUCUGUCCGUCAAUCGCCGUGCUGUUGCUGCAUCUCGACGAAUGUUUGGUGGUUCUACCAGCCACACUGUCAAGCGCCUCGGACGUUUGGUGGUGUGAUGUUUGUACAUAACGACAUUCAUUUUGGAAGUUUUCGAGCCGAUGCGCAACUGGAACAUGGUGCCCACGCUUGAGAACAUCGGCAGCUUUCGUUUCAUUUUUCCAUGUUGAUGGCAAAUAAAUGAUU